GUUGAAAGAAUUAAUCGUCAAUCAAAGUCUCUUUAUAAUUUUUUGAUGUUCAAGAAUACUAUACUGUAUAUGUAAAGCAUCUUUGUCUUUAGCAUUUUAACCCUUUAACAGAAAAAGAAAAAAAAAAAAUAAGAAGACAAACUUUCCUAAUAAAUAGCGUUGGAAAGAGAGAUAAGAGAUGCACAUCUAAGAUGAAAGGGAGAAUGAAGCAUGAGGAGGAGGAGCCACUCAGCCCGAUGGCGCGAGUAUUCCAGUCGCCAGGCAUAGACUUAUGUGUCAUCAUAAAUAUUGGUUUCAAAACCAAAAUUAAUCUUGAUGCUUUGAGGCAUAAUGUCUACAAGCAUCCUCGUUUCUCCAGCAAACUGUCUGACAAUGGUGCAAAAUGGAUAGAGACCAAAGUCAAUGUAGAAGAUCAUGUAAUCGUACCAUACAUAGAUCCAGAAGAGAUAUGUGAAGGUGGACAAAGCUUCGUCGAUGAUUAUAUCUCACGUCUCACAAUGAUUCCUCUUGAUAAAUCAAGACCCUUGUGGGACAUUCACAUCCUUAACGUCAAAACCUCUGAUGCUGAGGCAGUGGGUGUAAUAAGAUUUAACCAUGCGUUGGGAGAUGGAAUGUCCUUCAUUUCCCUCCUUCUCGCAUGUACCCAUAAAACAUCAAAUCCAGACAUGUCUUCUACUGCUAUUCCUUCCGUGAAACGGCGAAGCACGGUGCCGCAUAGCCUUGAAAAAACCGGCUGGUUCUUAAGGGCAAUAUUCACCAUUGGUUCUACAAUGAUAUUGAUUUGGAAUACACUUGUAGAUAUGUUGUUACUUUUUGCCACUCUGUUGUUUUUGAAGGAUACCAAAACGCCACUGAAAGGUGGUGCGAAUGUCAGGAGCAAUCCAAAGAGAUUUUAUCACCGAAAUAUAUCUCUAGAUGACAUUAAACUUAUCAAGAACGCUAUGAACAUGACUAUCAACGAUGUUCUACUCGGAAUUACACAAGCCGCUCUUUCUAGCUAUAUGAAACGACAAUAUGGUAAACAUUAAAUUCAAUAUAUAUGAUAUGAUGUAUAUUAUUAAGAGUUGAUCUAAUAAUUAACUUAUACAAUACUAGAAGUCAUCCCGUGCUACGCACGGAUUUAGCUUACAUUGUUUUUGAAUUUUAGUAAUUUGGAUAUUAUACUUCUUUUAUUU